CCCCCAAAAAAAAAAGGAAAAAAAAUUGUAUAGAAUUAGGAAAAUGAUGAAACUUAGUAUUGAGAAAUGAAGAAACUUCGUAAUGUCGAAAACAAAGAUGUAGUUUCAAGACAAGAUCAUAAUGGCCCCAAUAAAAAGAGCUUCCGGGAGCUGUCUUUGCCGCUCUUCUUUUCAUUUUUCUGCGCCCUUCUCCUUUUUUAUUCUCAGUUUGUUCAUGGAAAUGCAGGGAAUUCUCUCGCCUAUGCUGAGACUGUAACCAAUUCUGUUAACGAUAGAGAGUUUCACAACUCCACUCAACCACUUCUAGAAAGUGGAGAGAAGAGCUGCAAAUCUGAAGUACUAUUGGAACUCAACAUAUCAGUGAAGAUUAAUGAUUCUUGUAGUCCUAAGGAUAGCAAUGCAACCCCUGAGAAUUCACUUCAGAGAACAAGUGCAUUGGAGGAUGUAGUAUCAACUAUUUUAGGUUACAAUAUGUUAAUAUGCCAAAUGCAGCCACCAAUAAAGCAUAACAGGCAUAAUGAAGAUCGGCUACUAAAUGGAAGAACUCACUUGACCUAUCCGAAUCUUGAAGAAUUCAGAAACAUUACAAAGCAAGGAAAGAGAGGUAGCACAACAAGUCAGUUAGUAAAUAUAACCCAUAGGCUUGAGCCUGACGGUACGCCUUAUAAUUAUGCCUCAUCAUCCAAGGGUGCUAAAGUGGUGGCCCACAAUAAAGAAGCGAAAGGAGCAAACAACGUGCUGAACAAGGAUCAUGAUAAGUAUCUCAGGAAUCCUUGUUCAGUGGGUGGGAAAUUCUUUGUUAUUGAGCUUGCUGAUGAAACUCUAGUUGAUGCAGUCAAAAUUGCAAAUUUCGAGCAUUAUUCAUCUAUGCUUAAAGAAUUUGAGUUAUCUGGGAGUUUGGUAUAUCCAACUGAGACGUGGAAUCCGCUGGGGACUUUUGUUGCCGAAAAUGUCAAGCAUGCUCAGUGUUUUAAGCUGCCCGAACCAAAAUGGCUUAGAUACUUGAAGCUGAAUUUACUCACUCAUUAUGGUUCUGAAUUUUAUUGCACUAUAAGUUUUGUCGAGGUGUAUGGUAUUGAUGCAAUAGAGCAAAUGCUUGAGGAUCUUAUUGUAAGUUCCCCCGAACCUUCUGCUGAUAAAACGGAAAAUUUUAAUAAAACUGCUAUGCUGCCUAUGAUACCAGAUUCAGGUUCUAACUACCAUGAGACAAAGGGUGUCGUUCAAAAUGUGGUUGAACCGACAAAUAAAGGGGUAGAAAGUUUUGAUGUAGAGCAAAGUUUUAAAUUGGAUGAAGCAAAGAAAGAAACCACUACCCCUGAUUUUACAACAAAACGUAGGAAGCAAUCAAAUGGAAGAACUCACGGGGAUGCAGUCCUAAAAAUACUGUUGCAGAAGGUGAGAGCGCUUGAGUUGAAUUUAUCUGUCCUGGAGCAGUACAUUAAAGAGCUGAGCAAGAGGCAAGGUGACAUUUUGCCUGAGCUAGACAAAGAACUUUCUCAAGUUUCAGAACUUUUAGAAAAAAGCAAAUUGGAGAUCAAAGAUCUCCUGAUAUGGAAAGAUAAUAUGGAGAAAGAAAAUAGUGAUCUUGAAUCUUGGAAAGCCUCUGUCUCAGCUCAAUUGGAUUUAUUGGUCAACGGAAAUCGCAUGCUAAGGUAGUGGAUUCCAUUUAACUGCCUAAACUAACUUGUACCCUUGUACUGUAAGUUGAUUUUGUUUUAUUAUCCGAGUGAAUUGCGGAAACAACCUCUCUACCUUCACAAGUGUCACGCCCCAACCUCGGGGAGCGCGACCGGCGCUCAACCGAGUGGGCCCGGUCGAGCAAGCCUGUUAGACACUUUCUACCCAACUCACUUAUGAUAAGAAAAGGCAUGUUUUUUAUUAGCUAAACAGUAGAAGGACCAUAUAUAUAGACAUUACUAAACCAUUUCAUUUUGCUACUUCCCUGUUAAGUUUCAGAAUACAUACAUUUUGUGAUUUAGUGGAACAAAAAUCCAAAAUACAACAUAAUCCGUUUGACCUUUCUAGCACCCAUAUACAACCCACAUGGUGUCUACGGAGCCUCUAAAGAUAUAAAAGAGUGUAAAGAAGGUACCGGCAAUAAGGCGGCUAUACCUCAAAAAGUACAACAAUAUAAACAAAAGAUAUAUUACAUGACCC